CUAACCUGAAUGUACAAGGAACAUUUUUUAAUGUUUACCACGGAGUAAUAAUAAUGUCUACAGAUGAUAUUUCAAAACAAACAUUCUAAAUAUUACAAGAAGUUUUUAAUUUCGUUCAGAAGUAUUUACAUACCAGGACUGGUAUAAUUAUUCUUGUUGACUUAGUUGUCUGCAAAUGAAAAUUUUUCUUAAUUGGAAAAUUCACUAUGACGUCUAUUAUUAAAUUGCACGCAAUUUCUGGAGCUCUGGAUGAAUCUCCGCCUUGUUACAUUCUACAAGUUGACGAACUGCGUAUAUUAUUAGAUUGUGGGUGGGAUGAAAAAUUCGAUCAAGAUUUUAUAAAGGAAUUGAAGAGGCACGUUAAUCAAAUCGAUGCAGUAUUAUUAUCAUAUCCUGAUCCAUUGCAUUUAGGAGCUUUGCCAUAUUUGGUUGGAAAGUGUGGACUUAAUUGUCCUAUUUAUGCAACUAUCCCCGUCUACAAAAUGGGACAAAUGUUUAUGUACGAUAUGUUUCAGUCUAGACAUAAUAUGGAAGAUUUCGAUUUGUUUACUUUGGAUGAUGUUGAUGCGGCAUUCGACAAAAUUGUUCAACUAAAGUACAAUCAGAGUAUUUCUAUGAAGGGAAAGGGUUAUGGUGUAACAUUGACACCCCUUCCUGCUGGUCAUAUGAUCGGUGGUACAAUUUGGAAGAUAAUGAAAGUUGGAGAGGAAGAUAUAAUUUAUGCUGUAGACUUUAAUCAUAAAAAGGAAAGACAUUUAAAUGGUUGUGAGUUGGACAGACUACAGAGACCUUCUCUGUUGAUCACAGAUGCUUUUAACGCCACAUAUCAGCAAGCUAGAAGAAGAACCAGAGAUGAAAAAUUAAUGACGAAUAUUUUGCAGACAUUGCGUGGAGGUGGCAAUGUUUUGGUUGGCGUUGAUACUGCUGGUAGAGUUUUAGAACUUGCUCACAUGUUGGAUCAACUAUGGAGAAAUAAAGAUUCAGGCUUGCUUGCAUAUUCCCUAGCACUUUUAAACAAUGUUAGCUAUAAUGUUGUGGAAUUUGCUAAAUCUCAAAUCGAAUGGAUGAGCGACAAAUUGAUGAGAAGUUUUGAGGGCGCAAGGAAUAACCCUUUUCAAUUUAAACAUUUACAAUUGUGUCACAGCAUGGCAGAAUUAAGUCAGGUUCCCAGUCCAAAAGUAGUUCUAGCUAGUACACCUGAUAUGGAAUGCGGAUUUUCUCGAGAGCUGUUUCUUCAGUGGUGUUCGAAUCCCCAAAAUAGUAUUAUUAUAACAAAUAGAACAUCGCCUGGAACAUUAGCAAGAGAUUUAGUGGAAUUGGGAGGAAAUAGAACUAUAUCACUUGAAGUGAAGAAACGUGUAAAGUUAGAAGGAACUGAAUUGGAAGAGCAUUUGAGGAAAGAGAAAGUUAAAGAAGAACAACUUAAGAAAGAGCAGAUGGUAACUGCAGAUAUUAGUUCAGAGUCAGAAGAUGAGAUAGAAGUUGGAGGUGGAAAGGGUAAACAUGAUUUGUUAGUAAAGUUGGAAUCAAAACCUGGAUUUUUUAAACAAAGUAAGAAGCAGUAUCCGAUGUUUCCUUUCCACGAGGAUAAAAUUAAAAGUGAUGAGUAUGGAGAAAUUAUAAGAUCUGAAGAUUAUAAAAUUGUUGAAAAGACAGAAAAUGAAACGGAAGAUAAUAAAGAAAAUGUUGAAAUUAAAACAGACGAGACUUUACAACAUCCAGAUUCUGGUACAGAUAUUCCAACUAAAUGUGUUGCAACAGUAAGAAAUGUGAUCGUAAAUGCAUCAGUUACAUACAUUGAUUUUGAAGGAAGAUCCGAUGGUGAAUCAUUACAAAAAAUUUUAGCUCAAUUGAAACCAAGAAGGGUAGUUUUAGUUCGAGGUUCAGCCAAAGACACUGAUAUUCUUGCUAAGCAAGCAGAAAACGUAGGAGCGAGAGUUUUUACUCCUAGUAGGGGAGAAAUUAUUGAUGCGACAACAGAAACUCAUAUCUAUCAGGUUAGACUAACUGAUGCUUUGGUAAGCGGAUUGAUAUUUUCAAAAGCUAAAGGAGAUACAGAAGUAGCAUGGGUAGAUGCAAUGAUCACAGCACGUAAUCAAAUUUGUCAAGAUGCUGUUUCUAAUGGUGAAGUUAAUUCCGAGCAAAUUCUUACCUUAGAACCUUUGCCGUUGAAUGAGGUGCCUGGACAUCAAACGACAUUUAUAAAUGAAUUAAAACUUGCCGAUUUCCGACAAGUUUUAAACAAACACAACAUUCCAUCUGAAAUUAGUGGUGGUGUACUUUGGUGUUGUGGAAAUACGAUAGCACUUAGAAGGCAUGAGGCAGGUAAAGUUAUUUUAGAAGGCUGCCUAUGUGACGAAUAUUAUAAAAUAAGAGAAUUAUUAUAUGAACAGUAUGCGAUUGUUUAAUUCUCUUAAAUUUAAUAUGAAAGUGUCACAUAUUACAUUGUAAUUUGUAUAAAAUAAACUUUGAAUAUUCUUAUAAUUAUUAUAA